CCAGAAUCCCGCUUCACAGCAUGGUCACUUCCGACCCCGAUCGAGUUCGCCGGGAAAAAACAACGCCUCCGCCGGAAAAACUCUCCGAUGGCCGAGAAGAGCAAAGUCCUGGUGAUCGGAGGCACUGGAUACAUUGGAAAGUUCAUCGUGGAGGCGAGCGCUAAGUCCGGUCACCCUACCUUCGCUCUCGUGAGGGAGUUCGCUCUCUCCAACCCCGCCAAAGCCGAAAUCGUCGAAGGUUUCAAGAGCUUAGGCGUGAAUUUAGUCCAUGGAGACAUAUACGACCGAGAGAGUCUGUUGAAUGCGAUUAAGCAGGUUGAUGUGGUAAUCUCUGCUGUGGGGCGUGCACAACUAGUGGACCAAGACAAGAUUGUUGCUGCUAUCAAAGCAGCCGGGAAUAUCAAGAGAUUCUUUCCUUCGGAGUUUCGAAUUGAUGUGGAUCGUGUCAUUGCUGUGGAGCCAGCAAAAACUGCAUUGGCUAUCAAGGCCAAGAUCCGCCGCCUUGUUGUGGCCGAGGGAAUCCCUUAUACCCAUGUGUCUUCUAACUUUUUUGCAGGUUACUUCCUUCUGACGUUGUCACAGCCCGGGGCUACAGCUCCCCCUAGAGACAAAGUUGUUAUCUUAGGGGAUGGAAAUGCAAAAGCGGUGUUCAACAAGGAGGAUGACAUCGGCACCUAUACCAUCAAAGCUGUGGAUGAUCCAAGGACCUUGAACAAAAUUCUGUACAUCAGACCUCCUGCCAACACCUACUCUUUUAAUGAGCUCGUGUCUUUGUGGGAGAGAAAGAUCGGCAAGACCCUGGAGAGGGUGUAUGUUCCAGAGGAGCAGCUUCUGAAGAACAUUCAAGAGGCGGCGGUUCCACUAAAUGUGUUAUUGUCCAUAUCACAUUCUGUUUUCGUGAAAGGAGAUCACACCAACUUCGAGAUUGAGCCAUCGUUCGGAGUGGAAGCAUCGGAGCUCUACCCCGACGUCAAAUACACGACCGUGGAUCAGUACCUUGAUCAGUUCGUCUGAUAGUCGAAAUUGAACGUGCUUGGUAGAUUUCUCACAUCAGUUUGAAUCAUGAAUAAUCUAGGAUUUUGCUUUGUUAGGACCUGGCGCGAAAUGUCGCUCUCGCUUAUCAUCUCAUGGCAUGUACAACGUCCAAAUAUAAGGACAUAGUAAUUUUUUUUUACUAGAUAAGGACAUAAUAUGAACGUUCGAUAUGUGCGCA